AAGGGUGUGUUCACUUUGAAACGCUGGCGGGAAUUAAAGAGUAAGUUAGACGACAUUACGACUAGGUAAAUUCGCUUUAUUUAUGUAAAAUUCAUAUCAAUGACAAAUUCCAAAAUAAUUUCCACAUUCCAUGUCGUUAAGUCUGUGAGUAAUAUGGUACACGGUUUAGCUAGUUUGGGUGUCCUGGCUUAGCUAACUAAGGCGAUAGCUCGACUUGCGUUACUUAUAGGUAGGUUAGCUAACGUUAUUUAACAUUCUUGACCACCUACAUUACGUUUUAGCUAACAUUUAUAUGUUACCGAAAUGUGUCAUCUCGACAGGUCAAAGAAUUAGAGAAUAAGGCUAGUCUUGUUAUCUAACAACUUCAGUCAGUGUUGCCUGUUCAUUUAACAUUAGCCUUCUCCAUUCUCAGUUGUCGAAGUAUGGUAUGUUUAUUAGUUAGCUGGCUAAUGGACGUGAGGACGCACGUAUGAACCACAAAACCAUCGCAGUGUUAAGCCAAAAUUUAAAACCAUAGAAAUUCAGGAUGAGAGUUGACACUGAGAAUAUCAUCAGUCUGUCUGAGAAGGACAGUACGCACGAACUGCAGGAAUACCUGAGCUCUGUGACUCCUGAGCAGCUCACCACAGUGAUUACAAACACUGCACUUAAAGGCAAAGAUAUUGGAGCUCUAAUCAAAGCCUUUUUUAAAGGCUCUCCACCCAGCCUUCCUAAUGGGGUGUCUCGGCGUGCUCUGCUGUACCAGCACUGCAUCUCUCUGUGCGACUCAGGGGACCUACAGACAGAGGUGGCUUCAGAUAUCAUGGGCUUGCUGAUGUUGGAGACACACAGCCUCCCUGGGCCUUCCCUGGCACAGCUGUCAUCUCUGUAUGUAGAUGCCAUUAAGGCAGGGAAGAUGGGAAAUGGAAAAUCCUUGGAGCUCUUCCCAACCAUCUUAACUGCACUCGCAGGCACCAAGGCCCUUGCCUAUGGUAAAGGAGAACUGAGUGGAGAGGAGUACAAGAAGCAGCUCAUCAACACUCUCUGCUCUAGCAGGUGGGAUCCCCAGUAUGUUAUUCACCUGACGACCAUGUUCAGGGAUGUGCCCUUGUCACCAGAAGAGCUGCAGUUUGUUAUAGAGAAGGUGCUGAGAAUGUUUGAGAAGCUGGAGCUUCAGGAAAUCCCCCCACUGAUCUAUCAGCUCCUGCUACUGUCAUCCAAGGGUUGUAAGAAACAGAUGCUGGAGGGAAUUAUUCGAUAUUUUGAGCAGCAGGAUGAACAGCAGAAAUCGGAGCAGAUAGAGGGGGAGAACCUGGAUGUCGAGGUUCAAUCCAUCCCUCAGGACCAGCUGCGGCACGUGGAGGGAACGGCCAUCUUGCACAUUGUGUUUGCUGUUCGGCUUGAUCAUGAGCUUGGCAAGGAAUUCCUCAAAACCAUGAAGGCGUCUCUUGGUGAGCCGUCGCGAGUGCUCUGCUCCUUCAGUAUUGCCCAGCUGCUUUCUUUGUCUCGGAUCCAGCGUCUGGAGGAGCAGGUGUUUGACUUCUUGAAAGGGUCCAUCAUAAAGUGCUUCAAGGACGAGCAGGUGCAGCAGGGCUCGAAGUUCUUGCAGGAUCUGGUGGCUCCACCCUGUAGCGUAUCCACUAUGAUUCUGGAGACUGUGAAAAACAGUGUGUUUGGUUGGGACCAUGUCACUCAAGGACUGGUGCAGUUAGGCUUCAUACUCAUGGACUCCUUUGGGCCGAAGCCUGGGCCCUUUGGAAAGACGGCAGAGGCUCCCAGCUCCUCAGUAAGGAGCCCAACUCAACUGGCAUGUCAGCUUGGUGGCCAAAUCCUCCUGGAAGGUUUCAAGAUGCAUGAGCAAAUCAGAGGGGAAAUUCUUGAGCAGGUUCUGAAUCGGCUGGUCACAAAAACAGCUUCUCCAGUCACUCAUUUCAUCGAUCUUCUCUCCAGCAUGGUCACCUCUGCACCCAUGAUCCUACUGGAAUCCUCCCCCAAGGUGAUGGAGACCUUCGACCAGCUGUCCUACCUUCCUCUCAGCACUGUGGAGGGGCUCCUGAAGGCUGUGCAGCCACUUCUGAAAGUUAGCAUGGCGUUGAAGGACUCGCUGAUCAUUGUGCUCAGGAAAGCAAUGUUCUCUAGUCAGCUGGAUGGGAGGAAGUCUGCUGUGUUGGGUUUUCUCCUACUGCUGAAGAACUUCCGGGUUCUGGGCAGCGUUUCCUCCAGCCAGGCCAGCCAGGCCAUCACGUCCAGCCAGAUCCAGGCAGAUGUCCACUCGCGCUACAAUGCAGCGGCCAACGAAGCCUUCUGCCUGGAGAUCCUUAGCAGUCUGCGGCGCUGCCUCAGCCAGCAGGCUGACGUGCGCAUCAUGCUGUACGAGGAUUUUCAUGACGUCCUGCGACGCAACUCCAAGCUGGCAAGCUCCAUCAUGCAGACUCUUCUGUCCCAGCUGAGACGCUACUAUGAGCCAGAGCAGGACUUGCUUCCUCCACUGAAACUGGAGCCCUGUAUCAGUGCACAAGGAGACCAUGUGUUUCUCCAAGAACCCCUGUCCCACCUGCUGUCCUGCACGGUGCACUGCCUGCUCUGGUACCAAGGGCUGCACGCAAGACGACCCAAUACAGGGGAUGAGGAAGAUGAUGACGACGAUGAAGACGAAGGAGGUUUCCAGACAGAGCUGCAGACCAUGCUUGAGAGCGUGACCAGACGCAUGGUGAAGAGCGAGUUGGAGGACUUUGAGCUGGACAAAUCGGCUGAGUUCUCCAUGGCCUCCAGUGUGGGCGUUAGGAACAGCAUCUUCGCUGCCCUGCUGAUGGGCCUCUACGAGGUUCUCAUAGAGUACAACUUCACAUCCGCCAACUACAAUAAGAACCGAUUUGAGGAGCUUCUUCAGCUCUUCAGCAGGUACCAGAAGCUGUGUGAGAUUGUAAAGGAGAAGGCAGGGAAGAGCAGGGCUUCCAGCAAAGCCCCACGCAGCCUGCUAUCUCUGGGCUUCAUCUCCUCGCUGCUGUAUGCGCUCUUUAGAGACAGCACUCAAAGCCGAGAGGAGAGUCUUGCCGUGCUGCGGGGUAGCGCAGACUUCAUGCGCUACGCCGUUGGAGUAACCGUGCACAAGAUUCAGCAGCUGGAGGAGACGGGACACACAGAUGGACCAGACGGACAUCAUGCUGACAAGGCAUUCCACCACCUCUGUGACAUCACCAGUGUGCUGAUGUGGAGGUACACCAAUGUCCCGCCGGCUGCAGAGGAUGCUGGGAAGAAGACGGGCAGCCGCAGUGUGUCCGUGCUGUGCCUGGAGGGACUCCUCAGGGUCUUCACCACCGUGCAGCAGCGCCAUCCCACCAGGCUGGCACAGCUACUGGGUGCCAUCGAUGUCAUGGAGGAAGAGGGAGGCGAGGCAGGCGACGGCCUCGUAGAGAAGCUUUCGUUCUACCUGCGCCAGUUUCAGCGCUCCUUGAUGACCCAGCUGAGUGGGAGUGAAGAGGACUUCAGUAGUCGGGAGGCCCAGCUGUUAGUUGGGGUUCUGGCUGUGCUGUCAUGCCGGUUAGAGUCUGGCUCCCCACAGUUGGAGCAGAUGAUUACCUGGACACUUAAAAUCUGCAAGGAGACCAGUUUUGAGGACGUGGCUCUGACGAAGGGGCUUCUGUCGCUGCUCUUCUCUCUGCUGGCCCUACAGAGGAGCCCUGUGGCUGAGCUCUGGGAACUCUGCCAGGACAUUCACAGUCAGCUGGGAGAUAUUGACCAGGAUGUGGAGUUGGAGAAACAGUCCCAUUUUAAUAUUGUCUGCAUGAAGACUGCAGCCCCGACCACACUGCUGGUGUUGGCGCAGGUGGGCCGUUUGCUGGAUGAGGUGGACUGGCUGAUCACCCAGAAGAAAACCCAGGCAGCCUUGGACAAGGGCAAUGCGGAUCUCUUGCAGGCGACUGGGCAGCAGGACCGCGUGCUGAAGGCAGUGACGCUGCAGUUGGGCACGCUGCUGACGGCGCUGCAUGAGCUGCUGCAGUCGGCGCUGCCCCCCGGGGCCUGCACUGACACGCUGCUGCGCGACCUGAGUCGCACCUACGGCCUCCUCACCUCCCUGCUCAAAUACUACAUCCAGCUGUGUGCGUCACAUCAGAGCCAGCUUCCAUCACGCCUAGAGAAACUGGUCAAACUUUCAGGGUCUCAUCUGACUCCCCAGUGUUACAACUUCAUCACCUAUGUGCAGAGUGGUGAGGGGAGUGGAGGAGCCGAGAAGAAAAAGAAAAAGAAGGAAGAAGAUGCUAUGGUGGCAGCAUCUGCUAAGGUCCUGCGUCAGACCAAAGUCGUCCCCAACCUCAUCUUCAGCAUAGAGCAGUACGAGAAGUUCCUCAUUCUCCUCUCCAAGAAGUCAAAGGUAAAUCUGAUGCAGUACAUGAAACUGACUACUUCCAGAGACUUCCGCAUCAACGCGGCGGCCCUGGACGCCGUACUACAGGAGCAGCAGGACCCUGACAGUCAGCAGACCACAGCUACCCAGACCCCCGAACAGAGUCAGGAACCCAAGAAGAAGAAGAGGAAGGUGUGAGGAUGCUCGUGUCGUCUUCUCUACCCGUCCACCCUGCUGCAGCUUUGUCUGGUUAGGAUCUAGUCCUGGCUCCAUCCUGCUUUCUGCCCUUCUCCAGUGAGCCCUUGGUGAUCUCCAUGAUCUGGUAGAUAUCCAAGGCUUCACCUGCAGAGAGAUUGUUUCACACUAUUAAUGUUUUGUCUGUUUCAUUCAUGAAUUCACUGACUUUUUUUUCAGUGUAGAACAUUUAAAAUAUUUUAUUGUUUGUAAAAGAAAAAAAAAAGUGUGUUUUCACUUAAACUAAUUAAAAACACCCUACUUUUAAAA